AUGGCUCCCUCUUCCAGCCCGAAAACGUCGCUGUGUGAUGACGAUGUCGGCGCGACGCAGUUUGACGAGAAGAUUGACCUCUCAGCCCAUGUCGAGGACACUGAGGUGGGAAACCGAGUUCCCAACUACACCCUGAGUGUGGCGGAGCAGAAGAAGACCAUACGCCGAGUUGACUGGCGACUUCUGCCAAUCCUAGGAAUCAUGUACUCCAUUUCUCUCAUUGACCGCACCAACCUCGGCCUCGCACUCGUUGCGGGCAUGCAGGAGGAUCUCGGUCUUGCAGUUGGCAAUCGAUACACCGUCAUCGUCAUGGUCUUCUUCGUAGCCUACGUUGUUUUCGAAAUUCCGAGCAACCUCGUCCUGCCCAAGGCCGGACCUGCCAACUGGCUCUCGUUUCUCGGAGUUUCAUUCGGCGCGAUUUUGAUUGGCAUGGGCUUUACGCAAAGCUGGGGAACCAUGGCUCUGUGCCGCGCCCUUCUCGGAAUAUUCGAAGCUGGUUUUCUGCCUGGCUGCACUUAUCUCAUUACCUGCUGGUAUACGCGGUUCGAGGUUGGCAAGCGGCUCUCUGGGUUCUGGAUCCUCUCGGUCGUGACCAGCGCGUUCGCUGCCAUCUUUGCUUAUGCCCUGUCACUGCUUGGCGGGCAACAGGGAUUGAAUGGAUGGAGAUGGAUCUUCAUCAUCGAGGGCACCAUUACGGCUGUCGUCUGCUUCAUCGGCCGGUUCAUCAUCAUCGACUUCCCCACCCAAGCCGACAAGUUCCUCUCACCCGCCGAGAAGGAAUUCAUCAUCGCGCGAAUCAACCAUGACCGCGGCGACGGCGAAGAAGACACCAUCAACGCCGCCAAGGUCCUCCACCACCUCAAGGACUGGCGCCUGUACUGCUGGGCCUUCAACAUGAUGGCGUCCACGCUGCCCGGCUAUGCGUACUCGUACUUUCUGCCCAUUAUCCUCCGCGACGGCAUGGGAUAUUCCAGCACGCAGGCGCAGCUUCUGAGUGCCCCGCCGUACAUCCUCGCCGCCAUCAUGACGUUUGUGUCUGGGUGGUUGGGCGACCGGUAUAAACUUCGAGGCCCAAUCAUUGCGCUUCACCAGGCUUUGACGGCUGCGAGCAUGCUAAUCACGGCGUACGGGAAAGCCAACGCCGUUCGCUACUUUGGCGCGUUCUUGGGUGUUGGCUUUCUCCAAUUCUGUGUUCCUGGGGUCUUGACAUUCCAAGCCAACAACAUCACCUCCCAGUCGAAACGAGCGGUUGCCUCCGCGACUUGUCUUAUUGGUAGCGGUAUCGGAGGUAUCAUCGCAGGCACUGCGUUCAAAUCAACAGAGAGCCCCCUCUACACGACGGGAAUAUGGACGACAUUCGCUAUUUCAAUGGUUAGCAUUACCAUCAUCGGUUUGACGGACUUGCAUCUUUGGCGAUGCAAUAAGGCUGCCCGAGCUGGUCAACGGGUUAAUGAGGGGAUGGAUGGUUGGAUGUAUACACUCUGAUUAGCCGGUAUAUUGACCCCUAGAUGUAUUCUACACCCUGACUUCAAAGUUACGGGUCUCCACAACUGAUCCGAGGUAACCUAAGCUGAGGUCAUCAGUGUGAUAAUUCACAGCCGGUGUGAGAACUAUGUACUUCCCACCAGCCGGUAUUGUUUUAACCACCUCUACGAUCACCACCUCGCAGUAUGAAAAGUCUAUCGUGACGAUCCGGCUUAUCCG